CUCUUUCUGACAGUACGAAUACAUUUCUCGAAAGAACAUGGCACAUUUCGCUACCCGAGAACCACAAAGAUCUAAACUCGUUUACAAGAUCUACAGCUAUAAGAUGGGAAUAUUUCAAGUCAUCCUUGUCGCUGUCUUCAUGGCAAGUUUCGCUGCCGCGGACUAUGAAAAUCCAGAAUGCCAACGUAGCUUGCAGGCCUGUGCAUUCCCUUUGGCCAUGAAGUUUGGGAUGCACUUUCAAUCGGCGGAAUCACUCAUUGCCUUAUUCAAGUCCGUCAAUAUGGAUACAGUAUGCACAUCUUUCUUGCAUCCCUUCGUGGAGUGUGUUCAGGAGGCUCUUGAUGCCGUCUGUGAACGCACGGAAACGAUCGAUGAAGUGGGCAAUUAUCUCAGCCUGUUGUCCUACGUUUGUAGCCCAGAGGGAAUCCAAGUUGUGGAAUCAAUGAAAGAGUCGCCAUGUCUCAAUGAUAUAUACGCAUUCCGUGCUGUGGGAGGCCUAAUUGAUACGUGUCAACAAGAGGCUUAUACUGAAGAGACUUCUCACGUGGAGCAGGCCAUGUUGCAAGGGACAGAACCCGAUACCCACGCAGUGUGGUGCCCAUUGGUAGCAGGGAUGCGAACCUGUAUGGUGGGCGGUGUUGGCAUGCUGUGUGGAGACUCUUUCGAAGAGUUCUUCGGCCAGGUCUGGGAUCGUAUGAGCGUUUCACUAACCGGAGGAGUUGACUGCAGUGAGAGUCUCCGAAGGGCAGCUGUCUUCAGAAAGAGGAGUCUGGCCGAUCUUUUCCCACUGUAAAAAGGAAGAAGACAUCAACACAAACUACACAAGAUGUAGUUUUGACAAGUUUGAGAAGAAAUAAACAAUGAAAUUUAUUCCACAAAAUCU